AAAAAACAAAAACAAAAAACACGGCUCUCAUCAUCCUGUAAUGUCACACCGGGAGCUUUAGGACAAGGCUAAACACGCACUGAACAAAUCCAAACACUUUCUGUUGAAGCAGCCACUGAAUGCAGAUUUUUGGAUAGUCCUCACUGCUGGUACCUGUCCGAUGUCCUCUCCUCCCACAGUGUGAUGCGUCAUGGCUCCGGUGGUGAGUGGAGUAUGGUGGGGGCCGGAGGCAGGUGUCGUCAGGUCUGGGGCGGCAGCUGCUAGCGGGGUGGCGUCGUGGCUGAGCAGUGGGCAGCUGGUCGUAGUCAUCACCCUAAGCACCCUCACUGCCCUGCUGCUCGUCUCUGUGCUAUUGCUGCUGUGUGCUAGCUGCCAGGGGCAGAAAAAAGCAGUCAAUGGACAUCCAGCAGUAGACCAUGAGAACCUCAUGAAUGGAGUAUCUGAGAGAGAGACCAUCAGCCAAUCAGCAGACAGUCCAGCUACUGAGGGGGCUGUCAGCAGCUCUCACAAUGGACCUCUAACCAGCGGUACAAUUCUCUCAGACACACAGGACACCAGUCCCCAGCCUUCAGAGGAGAUGCUCUCCAGCCAAUCAGAGCUCAGGUCCUCCAAGUGUCCUCAGGAUCGCGAGCUCCCCAGCAUUCCGCCAAACAACGCCCUUAUCGGGGACGGACCCCCACCCUCAGGGGACAGCACCUACGAGGUGGUUAAAGAGAUGGCAGUGGCGUCACGUGAUGUCAGUGUCGAAGACUCCCUGUACGAGACGGUCAAGGAGCUCAAAGACCACCCUGCGCAGCCUGGCCUUCCCAAUGGUACUGCCCAGCUAAGCCAAGACGAACCCCCCCAUCAUCCGCCUGUCCUCCUCAACGGCCACCUCAGCCCCUGCACACCUGAGCGGGGGCCCCUGUGCGCCGGGGUGGAGUACGCCUCGGUGGACCUGAACAAGAAGAGCCGCCACAGUGCGGACAUGGAGGCCAAAAGGCGCUCUGAUAAUGCUGCCGUUCCAUCCCACAAGCCUCUGGAUGAACCAGAAGAAGAUUCACCUCCACCAGUACCAGAAAAGGUUCUGGAUGAAAACGACAACCAGCCAGUGUUGAUGAAUGGGCUGGCAGGGGCUGGGCUGCACAAUGGAGAGUUAAACUCCCCUCUCUCUCCUGCACCAGGGUUCGACAACCACAUUUUGUCAGACAAUGAGUCAGCAGUGUACUCUACAGUGGACAAAACAAACUGUGACGAUGCUGUAAAUGAGGAGGACAAAGAGCACGACUACAGCAGCAUUGCAGAGAUCAAAGGUAUCGUUCCGGCCUCGUCCUCCAGUGACCUCUAUGCCACUGUCCGAGAUAUCUACACCCAGCCCGAUGAGCCCCAGCUGGGGGAAGACCCCGCCUUGGACAGCACAGAUCCUGGCUACGAAACCAUCCGCAUUCCAAAGACUAAUGGCUCGGAUGACAACCACAGGGCUGGGCUGGGGGCGGAAGGGUCAGACCCCACCAAGGCUGAGCCUGACUACGAGAGCGUCGGAGAGUUGGGCCUGGGCCGGGAAACGUCGCGUCUCUGAGUUUUCAUCAGCAUAAUUAUCUUCACCUGUGGCGGUUUGGGAGAAGCCUUCUCUCUGACAUAUCUUACAGACGUCACUGUAGUGCUUUGAACUUGCUACCAAGCAUGCUUUUGGUGCAUGACUUGGGAAACGGCAGAAAUGGCUCAUCGCAGCAUUCAUCUUCAAUGCAUGAGUGUCCUCUUUGCAGCUUGGGUACGGUUUAUCAUAUCUGAAUUUUACUCCUUUAAUUUAUCAGCCAGGGUGAAUGUCAUUGGUACCGGUACCCCUAUUAGUAAAUGAACUGUAGUACCUCAGUCAAUGGGCAUUAAUCAUAUGGAAGACUGCACUUUGGAUUAUUAUUAAAACUCUUUUUCUGUGCUGGUAGUGCAUAUCAUGGACACAUUUGGAAACACUUGAUUGUGAAAAAGAUCAAAUAAAUAAACUAUCAAAUAAAUAUCCAAUCACAACACACAUGCAGCAUUUCAAAGUGUUAGCUGAGGACACUAUCAGUGCCUGUGACUUAAGAAAUAUCAAGAAUUCAGUGCCAUACAAUCAUCAAACACAUGCACUUACUGUACAUAUGGAGGGAACAGUGUUACGCAGGCCCCUCUGCAGAUGCUAGUCACUUUCUAGCUCCCACCAGGUGACUCAGUGUCAUGUUUUAUUGAGUGUUAGAUGAUAUUUCUAAAUUAUUCCUUGUCAGAUUGCCAGCACUUCCACUGUGCUAGGAAUUCCCUUGAAAGGGUAUGAAAAGCAUACGUCAAUUGUAUCUGUGACCAAAUGUUUAGUAGAGACAAACAUGGUAUUUGAUAGGUUGUCAAAUAGAAAUGAUGCCGUCUUGACUGCUACAUAUUAUACAUGUCCUUCUAUUGAGACGAUUAGCUGCAAAUGUAUGGGAAAAUAUGUAACGGGUCAGGAGAAAGGAAACUAUUGUUCAGCAGAACCAAAAUGGAAACAAGCGGUGAGAAAAUGAGGCCUGUCUCGCACACUUGUGGUUUCACAGUACAUUAGUAUAAAGCCUUUUUAGAUGUUUUAUUACAGUCUUUGUCAACCUUUUUGUGAAAUUCAUAUUUAUUUGAAGAUGCAUAUUGUUGUGUAAUUGUGAAAUGUCUGUGAGAGAAACGUCAAUAGGAUUUUAUAGAAGUUUCUAGCAUUUUUAUUGAGAUACUAAAUGAAAGUGAGUUAUGAGGUGAUGACAGUUGUGAAGGUACGCGUCCCCCUGACUUAAAAAAAAAAGAAGAAAUUCAACAAACAUGAGAUCAUAUUCACGUAUUGCAGUCCUUUCUUAUUUUGUGAGCCACUUUUCAUUCUCUCACACUUUGCAAAUGCAAAACAACACAUGAAACUUGUAUUAUUACUGCAAAUCUGUUGAUCGGCUGUGUUUUUGUUUUGUUUUGGUUGUCAUGUUUUUGUUGAGCCUAUUCUUGGUACAGUAUGCGGUCUGUAGUUGGCAUCUCAGAUGAGUUUAAAGCACAAGGUAUAAUAUUAUGGUACUGCAUUUAUACACAGCUUAUCAAAAGCAUCAUCACAAUCCAGUAACAUCUCUGCACAAUUUGAAUAUAUAAUGCUUUUUAACCUACUAGUAGCACAAACACAACACAAAUUCAUAUGUUUGUAGCUUGUACUGACGACAUGCCAACCAAGGCUUGUAUAUAGUUAGAGCACUAUUUUAACCAACUGUUAUUCGCUGGAAAUUUCACGUAAGCAUUUACUUAUUUGUACAAUGUCCAGAGUGAUAUAAUUUUAAUAUUAAGUCUGCUGAAAGCAAUGAUGUACUGUAUGUCAGCCUUGUUUUAAAGAAAAAUUGAAACCCUGUUGUCCAAUGGCUUUUUGCCUUGUAUUGUAACUCAAAGUUGUUAAAUAUGCUUAUGGGUUCUGAGAAGUUGUAACCAAUCAAAUGUCACAAAUAUGGUACAGUAAGCAGGUACAUUUUAAGUGAACAGUGAGUGUGGUACUUUUAUUUAAAAAAUUGAAUCACUGUCUGAAUACUGUUGUUGGAUGUUUCUUUUCAAAUAACUAGGCCAAAUGUUUUUGUUUUUUUGCUGUAAAUAUCUUUCACUACAGUAUUUCCCCCCAUCUGGAGAAAAAUCCGCCCAUAUCAACAUAAUACAGCACUACGGCAUCUCCUCAGCCUUACUUCAUGUUUCAUUAGACAUGCAGGAGCAUGUUGGUCCCUCAGACAAACACAUACUGUAGCAAACCCACGCUGACUGCGUAAUAUCAAACAUUUGAAAUGCUGUAACAUCUUCCAGCUUUCUCUACAGUGGAAGUGGGUUUUGAAGUGCUUCCUGCAUUUAGAUGAAGCCCUC